AUGUUUCGAGUAAUCACGAGAGGAAUUCAUUCCCUCAAACCCCAGGAGUUCAUCAAAUUAAAGAACUUCUGCACAGCCAAACACUUGAACAAAUCACCCAACGAGCUAGAACUCUUGGGGGAGAGAUACGUAACCGACGAAUGGACAAAUAUCACACCAAAAAUAAUAGAAAAAUUGGGGCGUAAUAUUCACACAAAGAAAUAUCAUCCCCUGUCCCACGUUCGUCAGAGGAUAGUGAAUUAUUUUUAUAGUCACUACAAGAACAAAUGUGGAAAUCCUCUAUUCAGUGUCUUCGACAAUCAGAAGCCGAUAGUGUCGGUCCACCAGAAUUUUGAUUCACUCCUGAUUCCGAGGGAUCACCCGAGCCGGAGCAAAACCGAUUGUUAUUACAUAAAUAAUGAGUCAUUGCUGAGGGCACAUACAACAGCUCAUCAGUCUGAGCUCAUCUCCAUGGGACUGAACAAUUUUCUUGUCGUUGGAGAUGUGUACAGACGAGAUGAAAUCGAUGCCACUCACUAUCCGGUGUUUCAUCAGGUCGAUGCUGUUAGAUUAUGCAAUACUGAGGAGAUAUUCGAGAAUGUCACUGAUCCUGAGGGACUCCAGUUGUUCGAGAACAAGGGAAAGGAGAGCAGUGAGAAGCAGGCUGCACAUACUUUGGAAGCUACGAAGAUUAUGGAGCACGAGUUGAAGAGGGAUUUGGUGGGACUUGCCGAGGUAUUAUUUGGACAAGACGUAAAAUGUCGUUGGGUGGACCAGUACUUCCCCUUCACUCAUCCAUCCUGGGAACUGGAAGUCUUCUACAAUAAUCAGUGGCUGGAGGUUCUGGGAUGUGGUAUCAUGAGGCAAGAAAUCUUGAAAAAUUCUGGAGUAAAUGACAGAAUCGGUUGGGCAUUCGGUCUAGGGCUGGAAAGGCUAGCAAUGUGUCUCUACAACAUCCCAGACAUCAGAUUGUUUUCCAGCACAGACUCGGGAUUUCUAAGCCAAUUCCACUUCGAUGAUCCAAACACUCCAGUAACGUACAAGCCAAUCAGUGUCUAUCCCCAGUGUUCCAACGACUUGAGCUUUUGGUUACCAGAGAAUCAGGAAUUCUCUUCAAACGAUUUUUACGAUUUGGCCCGUGAUAUCGGUGGUGAUAUCAUCGAACAAAUUUCCCUUAUCGAUAAUUUCACUCACCCAAAGACAAAGAAAAUAUCUCACUGUUACAGAAUAAUUUACAGGCACAUGGAGCGUACCCUGACUCAAAAAGAAGUAACAAAAAUUCACACAGAAAUAGCCAAAAAUGCAGAAAAAAAUUUAAACAUAACGCUCAGAUAAAAUCAACAAAAUAAAAAAUAUAUUAAAUUAA